UCGAUUUCCAAGGUCAAACCCUAGCGCCUGCCGGCCUGCGCACACCAGGCCGCUGCCCACCCGCACCAGGCACCAGCCCUGCCGCCGCCGCCGCCAAGUUCGCCCGGCCACGGCGCCACCAGCCCGCAGUCGCUAGCCCGCGUCCUAAGGCCGCGGCCGCGGCGCCGCCAGCCCGCCGCGCGACCUCACUGGCUCGGUCAGCGCCCAGCUUCAUCCCAUGCGACCUCAACGGAGAUUUGCACGCCGCCGACCUCGUCAACACCGGAUCUGUGUGUUGUGAUGGCAACGCCUGAUAAGCAAACCGAUCAAUCCAAGUCCAAUCUCCCCUUGACAUCAUCAUACUCUCACCCCAAUCUCGGCAAUCCAGGAGAUCAUCAAUCCAUUUCCGAUCACCCCUUGCCCCCGCGAGGUCCGCUAGAAACGGAUCCAUCCGAUGGCUUCGAUUAUUGGCCGACCUUGCGUUUCGGUGAUCAUGAUGAUGUGUCGACUCUAAUGGAUGGUUUGGGUGAUGAUUUGUCGGGUCUGCCGGAAUAUUUUGAUGAUUUGUCGGGCCUGCUGAAUGAAUUCGAUGAUGGUGGUGCGAAGGAUGCCCAUGAGCAUCCCUCUGCACCGGAAAUCCGAGUGGAUGGCGUUCCCUCUCAUGGGCUUGCCGCCGACGCGGCAACGGGGGCUGAAAUUGGUCAGCCUGCGUCUGGCUCGAGGUCGGGGGUGACAGAUUCCUUCCAUCGGCGGGCGCGCCCCAUGUGGCUGUGGGAAAUGAGUUGCCUCCUGGACAUGGAUCUCAUGUCCAAAUGGAGGGCGACCAAUCCCUCGCCCACGCGCGCUGCUGUACCGACAUUUCCACUGACAUGGUUGGUGCAGUGCCCGAGACCGGCUCACUGGAGGGCGACGGCAGCCGCGGCCCGCUCGAGCUCGCCGUGGGACACGUUGCUUCGUCGUCAUCCGCUACCGGACCGGAUUACCUGCAUCUCAAAUCUGCCGAAGGCUUCAUCCAGCCGGACACAGGCACGUACGAGGUCGGAAAUCCGGGUCCUUCCACCUCUCGCACCGCAGAGGAGGAGAUCCCAACGUCCGAAUUCUCCAUAGACGACCUGGAGGAGGUAGCCUUUCUGCGCGAGCUCCGAGAGAACCGCUUUUAUUUCGGCGACCUCAAGGUCCUCCACCGCUUGGUGCAUCCGCAAAAACCCCCAACAUCCCAACAGCGCUACAUCACCAAAUUCGAGCCAAAGCUGGACGACGGCGAUAAGAAGGCAGGCUACUGGAAGGAAAAAGAAGCCAAAGCCAUCCGUGAUGCGUCGUCGGCCUCGAGAAAUAUUGUAGGCCUGAAGAGGACGCUGGAAUACAUGAAGGGCAAUAAGAGGACGCACUGGCUCGCGGACGAAUACGUUGCGCUCGAGCCGGCGGGUCAUGAUGCCUGGCACAUCCUGGGGGAUAUUGCGGUUCGAAGAGUGUACGAAGAGGGCAAAGAGACGGCACCACCGUCGAAGUGCUCCAAAACUUGUGCUCACAGCAGCGGGGAGUCGUAUAUUUGGCAGCACAUGACAAGAGUGUUCUUCAAAGGUGAGGCCGGGUCAGCAGCGGCUCCUUCCUUGCUAUAUGGGAUUUGCCACGAGUGCGACAAGGCUCUGAAGUGUCCUCCCAAUUUUGGCAAUGGGAACCUGAACAAGCAUCUUGCACGCGUCCACGACAUUCAUCCACCCUGCAAAUCCCAACGUGUGAUGACUGAAGGAAAAGGAGCAGGUACGAGAGCUGUCAGAGUUUGAGUCCAAGCUGUGGAGGGCCUUUAGGCCGGAGUGUGUGUGGGUGUGCUCAUGAACUAGUAGCUCUUACUACUCAGGUUUAGUUCGGGGCCCCGAUCAGCCAUGUAAUUGGAGUGAUCCCCUCCCAAAUUUUGUAAAUGUUUAUUGUUGAUUUCGCUCUUCCUCUUUACUCGGGACAAAGCUGCCUUCGGUA